GUCUCACGGUAAACGAGACAGAGGAAGUGAAUGGUAUACGUGGUGCAUUUAACUGAUGAAGUAACAAAAUCGUUUUUAUCGCAGAAAAGGGCAACAUAUAGAAACAUGUUUACCGGCGAACUCGGAAGAAGUGUCUUCGGAGCCACCGUUUUCACUUUUGUAUUCGCGCUGGGAGUUCCGUGGAUUGGAUCAACAAUAUUUUACAUUCUUGGCUUAAACUAUGGUUGCUGCACAUCAACCAUUGCAUUUUUUGCAACAUGUUUUCUUGCAUUGUUAAUAUUCGCUGUAUUCCCUCGAGGAAGGUUAAAUCCAAAAGACAAAGCGGUUUUGAUAACAGGUUGUGACUCGGGAUUUGGUCCCUUAUUGGCAAAGCAACUACAUGCCCUUGGAAUGCAUGUGUUCGCAGGUUGUUUGUUGAAAGACAAAGGUGGUGAAGGUGCGAAGCAUUUAAUGAAAAUCCAGUCUUCUCGAUUUCAUGUCCUGCAACUUGAUGUUACUAAUGACAGUGAAAUCAAAAUGGCCGUGCAGUAUAUUGGAAUGCAUAUUCCACCUAAUCAAGAUGGCUUAUGGGGAAUUGUGAACAAUGCUGGAGCAUCAGCGUUUGGAGAGAUUGAGUGGUCAUCUAUAGACUUGUACAAGAAGGUGGCUGAGGUCAACUUAUGGGGAGUAAUUAGAUGCACACAAGCAUGUUUACCACUGAUUAGAAGAGCGAAGGGUAGAGUGGUGAACAUGGCAAGUGGUUUUGGCCGAAUGAUCGCAGGAUCUCGCUCUGUUUAUGGAAUCACCAAGUGGGCUGUAGAAGGUUUCUCUGAUUGCUUGCGUUAUGAAAUGAGGAGAUGGGGUGUGAAGGUAUCUAUUAUUGAACCUGGCAACUAUAUAGCUGGAACCAGCAUCUUUACUGAAGAUGGAGUGAAAAAGUUGGGAGAUUCAAUGUGGGAGAAGAUGCCUGACAAUGUGAAAGAGGAUUAUGGGAAAAAGUUGUUUGAUUUGCGGGUAGCAGAAAUGCAGACUUAUUGCAGUAAAGGAAUGGAUGAUCUCAGGCCAGUGUUAAAUGCAUAUGAAGAUGCUUUACUUUCUCGUAUUCCAUUGAUAAGAUAUCAACCAAUGGAAGCUUAUUGGACAAUUCGUUCCUUUGUGUUUACCCACUUUCCUUCUUUCAUCGCUGACUACUUGUACAUAUAUCGGAAAGCAAAGAAGUGAUGAGGAAUUCAAACCUGUUGGUGUUCAAUGAAAAUAAUUGCUGCUAAUGAUGGAAUAUAAUCGCUUCUACUAAUUUAUUAUAACUGUUAUUUGUUAAAAAAUGUCCACAGCCAGCUUUUAAUACAUAACGGGCUUCUAUAUUAGAAA